AUAUUCAAUGAGCCGCCAUAUUGGAAGCCAACCCCUCUUUCAUUCGGGUGAGAAAAGACACUUGGAGGGUAGUUUUCGGGAGUGCUGUUUUUUCUGUUGUUGGGAGUUUAACUAUAAAUCGUUAAACCGGCACACCUCGUAUCUUGUUUUGGUUUUGUUAGGGUAAUUUAGUCUUCUACAAUGGCUACCGCGGCGGCGACUCCGACCGGCCAGAGAAGCACGUGCGGCGGCGGCGGGACUCCGCUGAGCCCGACCAGGAUCAGCAGGCUCCAGGAGAAGCAGCAGCUCCGGGACCUCAACGACCGCCUGGCCGUUUACAUUGACAAAGUCCGUAGUUUGGAGGCUGAAAACAGCGUCCUCCACCUUCAAAUUAACGAGAGGGAAGACGUCCGGAGCCGGGAGGUCAGCGGACUGAAAGCCCUGUACGAGACCGAGCUAGCCGACGCCAGAAAGUGUCUGGACGAGUCGUCCAAGGAGCGGGCCUGGCUGCAGAUCGAGCUGGGCAAGAUCACGUCCGAGCAUGAGCAGCUUCUACAGAACUACAACAAGAAGGACUCUGAGGCCGCCGGCGCCCAGGCCAGGCUGAAGGACUUAGAGGCUCAGCUGAACUCUAAAGAGGCCCGGCUGGCUACAGCGCUGUCUGAGAACGAAGGCCUGGGGGCCGCACUGGCCGACCUGCGAGAACAGCUGCAGGAGAUGGAUACAGGUCUCGCUCAGGCCAGGAAGCAACUUGGAGACGAGAUGCUGCUGCGAGUUGACUUGGAAAACCGCUGCCAGAGUAUGACUGAGGAGAUGGCCUUCCGCAAGAGCAUGCAAGAGGAGGAAGUAAAGGAGGCGCGGCAGCGGUACGAGUCCCGGCUGGUGGAGGUGGACUCUGGGCGGAAGGAGGAGUACGAAUAUAAACUGACCCAGGCCCUGACUGACAUGAGAGCUCAGAACGAGGAGCAGAUCAAGAUGUACAAGGACAACAUGGAGAGCACUUACGUGGCCAAACUGGACGACCUGCGGCGGCUGGCUGAGAUGAACGGAGCGUCGGCCAACAUGAGCCGAGAGGAGCUCAGAGAGUCCAGCCUGAGGAUGGAGAGCCUCACCGCCCAGCUGGCAGCCAUGCAGAAGGAGACUCGCGGUUGGCGCGACCGUAUUGUGGAGCUGGAGGACUCCUUGGCUCAGGAGAAAGACCGGAGCCGCAGGCUGCUGGCAGACAAAGAGCGCGAGGUCCGGGAAGUGCAGGCCAGGAUGCAGCAGCAACUCAACGACUACGAACAGCUGCUGGAUGUCAAGCUGGCGCUGGACAUGGAGAUCUACGCCUACCGCAAGCUCCUGGAGGGAGAGGAGGAGAGACUGAAGCUGUCUCCCAGUCCUUCCUCCCGUGUGACGGUGUCUCGAGCCUCCUCCAGCAGCCGCAGCGUGCGCACCACUCAGGGGAAGAGGAAGCGCGUGGAUGUGGAGGAACAGGAAGCCAGCAGCUCGGUGUCGAUCGCUCACUCCGCCUCGGCUACUGGACCGAUCUGCAUCGACGAGAUCGACACGGACGGCAAGUUCAUCUGCCUCCACAACACCGGAGAGGAGGACCAGGCGAUGGUCGGUUAUGAGAUGGUUAAGACUAUCGGAAAUGCUGCAGCUACCUUCAAGUUCACACCCAAAUAUGUCCUGAAGGCUGGCCAGAAAGUCACGGUUUGGGCGUCUGAUGCUGGGGUGGGCUCCAAACCUCCCACAGACCUGCUGUGGAAGAACCAGUUGUCUUGGGGGUCAGGGCUGGACGUGCAUGUGGUGCUGAUCAACCCCCAGGGAGAGGUGAGAACACACACAUGCACACACUCAAACUCUAAUUGUAAUCACAAGCAAGAUUUUGGCUUCCCACUAUCAAAUCUGAUAUUUUAA